AUGCAGGUCUCGCGUACUGCAUACCGCGCCUCGCUCCUCUUUCUCAACCCACUCCUCACCCGGGCCUCACUCGCCAGCUGUCCCAGCGCCAACCCAGGAACUGCCUUGCGACACCUCAUCGCGCCCGCCGCGCAGCUGCACACCCUCCUCUUCCCGCAGUGCAGCCCGGUCUUCAGACAACCAGAUCUCAUUCGCGGAGCACAUACAAUGGCCACUCCAGACUCAGACCCGAACACGAGCAAUCCACCAAGUGAGACAAAGCCAGAGGAACAAACACAAGAACAAGCGCAAGCGGAUAGUACAGGCGAACACCUCUACCUCCCAUCCAGCCCCAGCAACGGGAAUAAUGAAAAGGGAGAAGGACAACAACAACGACUCAGCCUAAACGACGAUUCUGGCUCCACUGUUACGCUUGACCACCUAGGCCCGAUGGUUGUGAACACGGAUGGAACGCUGUCGCGCAUUAGCAAUUGGGACCAUAUGACCGAGAUUGAGAAGAAGAAUACGUUGCGAAUUUUGGGGAAGAGAAAUAAGCAGCGGCUUGAGGUGUUGAGGGCUGCUGAACAAGGUGGGGAGUGA